AUGCAAACAAAUGCAACAUAUAGCGCUUUGAGUCUUCCGAGCAUGACCAAUCAUAUGGCCAUUUCAGAUUUUCUCAUCCAAAGAGCGGAAGAAGUCUCCGAAUUAGACGUCACAAAACCGGCUUCUCAACAUUGGCAGCAUCACGGUGAGUAUCCUUUGUGCACCAACUGA